AGGCGGCGGCCGAGCAGCAGCAGCUGCAGGUUAGUUAAAGGAUGGCGAUUGAUUCCCUAGCAAAUCACAGCUGUCACCUUCUUCAGCAGCUCCAUGAACAGCGCAUCCAAGGCUUUCUAUGCGACUGCCUGCUGGUGGUGAAGGGUGUUUGCUUUAAGGCUCAUAAGAAUGUAUUGGCUGCAUUCAGCCAGUACUUUAGGACGUUAUUUCAGAAUUGUUCUGGUCAGAGCCGUGACGUCUUUCAUCUGGACAUUAAAAACGUUGGUGGCAUCGGACAGAUCCUGGAUUUCAUGUACACAUCUCAUCUUGAUCUUAAUCAUGAAAAUGUCCAGGCCAUGUUGGAUAUUGCCCAGUGCUUACAGGUACCCAAUGUCCUCAGCCUGUGCUAUACGUUCCUAAAGACUUCGACAAGUGUUCUAGGUGUGCCUGGGAGCAUGCCAGCCGGUCCCGCUGUUUCUCUGCAUGAAGGACUGACCACCGAUACAGAAGACCUGCUGGAGGAUAACGAAAACGCCCAGAUGAGCCGCGACUGCCAAUUUGGGCUACAGAUCCAGGGUCACAAAGCUCAGGAGCUGGGCCUUUUAUACAGACAUCUUCCUGAUACUUCCCAAGCCGAAAUAUCAGCAACGUUGCAGAACCAAAUUCCGGGACAAAUACCAGACAGGAAUUCUUCAGAUUAUCCAGUCAGACAGAGCUCGCAGCCUUCCAAAGUCUACAGUUGUUACGGGAAAGAAACGUUUAAACAAAACCCAGCUCUUUUUUUUAACAAUAACCAAGGAGCGCGGAGAAGAGCAGUGUGUGACGGGUUAAGUGCGACACCAAGUGCGAAGGAUGGACCUCCCUUGGAACAUGCGGAGGGCAACACUGCUGGGCACGAACCUUCGCUGUCGGGAACUGUCGCUCACAAAGAAGGCAGGUGGUCCUUCAACCAGGAUGGAGCAGAGAUAGACCCGCAGCCUGUUAGACCACUGAGCCACUUGAAGAAGACGAUUCAUCUUAAGAAGUAUGAUUACCUACGGUCUCAGAAGCUGCCUGAACCGCCACCACCUACGCAACCCCGAGCAAAUGAAACCAGCGAAGCAGCGAGGAGCGACGAGCUCAGUUCAAGCAAAAACUUUGUAGAGGAUCAGUGCAAAGACUGUCAUUCUGGGACGAAAGAGGCAGUCGAUCAAGAAGUCACCAAGUCAUGUGUCUCACCUUUGAGGGAGGAGGGGCUGGUACUUGUUGAUUACGAAACUCCUGAGUUUUUGGAAGAUGCAACUGACCAGCCAUUAAGUAGCUUGAACGUUCAGUCCCAAUCUUGUCACUCCCAGAAGCAAUAUUGCUGUGAGUUGUGUGGGAAAACAUUCAAGCACCCAAGCAAUCUGGAACUGCACAAGCGUUCUCACACAGGAGAGAAACCGUUUGAGUGCAAUAUCUGUGGGAAGCACUUUUCGCAGGCAGGAAAUCUCCAGACUCACUUACGACGGCACUCUGGUGAAAAACCAUACAUUUGUGAAAUCUGUGGCAAAAGAUUUGCUGCCUCCGGUGAUGUACAGCGCCAUAUUGUUAUUCACACAGGGCAAAAACCUCAUCUGUGUGACAUCUGUGGUCGAGGUUUCAGUAACUUCAGUAACUUAAAGGAGCACAAGAAGACCCACAGUGCGGACAAGCUGUUUACCUGCGACCAGUGUGGAAAAUCUUUCAACAUGCAGAGAAAACUUGUCAAGCACAGGAUCCGACACACAGGGGAGAGGCCAUAUAGUUGCUUAACAUGUGGAAAACGCUUUGCUGGAUCUGGGGAUUUGCGUCGGCACGUGAGAACACACACGGGCGAAAGGCCAUACAACUGUGAAACGUGUGGCAAGUGCUUCACCCGGUCUGCGGUUUUACACAGGCACAAGCGAAUGCACUGCAGGUACAACGGAGAGAACCAAGUGAGGGACGAGGAGGUUGACAGCGCGGAGGAAAACUCCUGCCAGCAAGCUGCAGAGCAAAGGUCACCAAACUCUGAGCCACUUGGUCAAGCUAUGCAGGUCGCUUUACUGCCUGUAAUGGACAAGCUUCACUCUGAACCAAAGCAGCAGCCUUCCAGUGCAGCGAGCGAAACCUCAGCUGGGCCUGAAGACGGUCACUCGGAAUACAGCUCUUUGGUCCAGCAGCAGUUAGUGGGUGAUCAUCACAAGAUGGUCCUGAAUUCUGUUAAAAACCACAAGCCUGAAGCAUCCCACCCAAUGCACACUUGCUCCGUUGAGAGCAGUCCAAGACCUGAAGAAUCCCUGGCCGCCCAGAACCCGUCCACCGUGCGAUCAUCAGUGACUAGUUUGGACAUUCACAUUAACGUGCCCUUUGGAAGUCACCCGCCUAAUGUUUCAUACCGAACAAAUGAAGGACCGUUCCUCUCCAGCCUGACACUGUGGGGUCUAGCUAUGAAAACUUUGCAGAACGACAAUGAAUUAGACCAGUGACUGACCUUGAUGGUGACUCAAAACAUUUGCCAGUGGAACGAAUGCACUUUCUUAUUUUUGCCGCAAUUGCAGCAUCACUUGAAACGUAUUUUUAUAAACUUUAAUAAAUAUGAUCCAAACAA